AUGAGCUACAAAGAAGUUCCUUCGUGUGAAAGCAUCUCAACGAAUAAUCUGCCGAUUUCUAUGCAUGAAGCUCAUGGAGCUGGUGACGCGAUGAAACCACCUACAUUCGUAAAUCAUGGUCUUCUUCUGUGGAACCAGGAAAGAGAGAAAUGGAGAAGCGGUAAAAAGGAUGUAACUCGUUCGAAAAAGUGGCGUAUACCAAAAUUACGAACAUUGUGUCUGUGUAUAGGUAAGAGAUUUUGUUGUGGAGGGAGUUCAGCUUACGAUAAAAUGCUCGGAAAGAAGAAGCCAUUACCCAGACCUAUUCCCCUUCAUGAAAUGGUCGAUUUUGUAGUCGAUAUUUGGGAGCAGGAAGGAUUGUAUGACUGA